AUGGCGAGAGAUAUUAGAGCAAUACCAAUCAAUCGUACUUGCAAUGAUGCUGUCAGCAUUAGUAUGUGCGGUGGCGAAAGGAAUGAAUCCAAUCCAUCUUGGAUGGGAUGGGUGGAUUAUGCCAUCCAUGCACCUCCUGAUGGUCCCAUUCCAGAGGAUUGGCCUUCUGUAAACGAAAUGAAAGUCCUUCUAAAGGCUACUGGUGAACAAUGGGACAAGGGCGGUCUGGAAUCACCAUCCAAAGACGGGUACCUUCUGCCGCCUGGGUAUGGCGACAGCGAUGAUGAGACUGCAGAUGAGGCUAUACGCCGACUUUGUGGAGACUGGCGUCGAAUUCUGAGGAAUGCUAGGGAAAGGGAUCAACCGGACAUGUACCCGUCUGCCGAAUCUGAUCUUCAAGAAUUUCUGUCGACAGGAAAGUCAGGAUGCAAUCAUGAGGGGGCACCGAUGCCACUAAAGAUUCAGGUGGUAAUUUUGCCUAAGAAUCGAGUGUUUGGUGCCCAUGCUCAUCCAACCAUAGAACUGGAAUUGACUCUCCGGGGUGCCCUAAGAGAAGUACGCCUAGUGACAAAUGAUGCAUCAAAGCCUCUCUCAGUCCCUCACCGUGGGCCUUGGGAACUACGACCUGAAGGUAAGACAAUGGUGGGCCCAAACUUUGCCGACAGUGGAGAUCUUCGUUAUGCCAACCUGCCGAAUGGAGCACAAUGGAAACACAUGGAACCAGUCUGGGCCGGGAAAUAUCUGUUCAAUGAGGUUGGCUCCGUUCAUAAGUCGUAUACGGGGCCUGAAGAUGGUGCAUUCAUGGUACUGUGGGGAGGCAUCCAUGCCACUAUGUCAGCAAACGACGAAGGAAGUGCCAUUCCUAAUUCUGAUUUUCUGAACCUCGAUCAUAUUACGAAUGCAAAUGGUGAACCGAAGCAAUAG